GGAAGCUCUAUGGGUCAACAUGGCGGCGCCCAGUGCUAAGACGGAGCCGGCCGGGUGUCCGUAGCCGGCCGCUUGAGGAGGUGGCGGUCUGACUGGCAGAGGCAUGAGCUGGGUGCAGGCCAGCCUGCUGGCCCGAGGCCUCUGUAGGGGCUGGGGAGGCAUCUGCGGGGCUGCCCUCACAGGAGCCCCCUUCUCUCAGCACCAUACUUCCUCAAAGGCCUUGAGGAUUGCCAAGAACACCUCUCUCAGGAAAGAGCCAGCCCAGCAGCUUCUCAGAGACAUUAGUUGGUGCCACAUUCCAGCAGCAGUCCUUUGUCCCCAGGUGCCCCUGCGGGGCCUCCACUGCAGCACAGCCACCCACAACAAUGAGAUGUCACUGGUUCCUCGUCCACCUAAGCCCCAGCAGAGGCCCAUCAAGGCCCUUGAGCCCCACGAGGAGCUGUUCAGGCAAUCGUCAGAUGGGGAGCGGGACAAGGCGAGCUUUGUGAGGGCCGUGCAGAACUUUGGGCAGCACAGUGUGCGCAAGCGGGGCCACGUCGACUUCAUCUACCUUGCCCUGCGCAAGAUGCCAGAGUACCACGUUGAGCGGGACCUGACUGUCUAUAACCUGUUGCUGGAUGUCUUCCCCAAGGAGGUCUUUCGGCCUCGAAACUUUAUCCAGCGCAUCUUCAUCCACUACCCUCGGCAGCAGGAGUGUGGCCUUGCAGUCCUGGAGCAAAUGGAGAAAUAUGGAGUCAUGCCCAACAAGGAGACGGAAUUCCUGCUGCUACAGAUAUUUGGACACAAAAGCUACCCCAUGCUCAAGUUCCUGCGUAUGAGGCUGUGGCUCACCCGCUUCAAGAACAGCAACCCUUUUCCGGUGCCCUGGGACCUGCCCCAGGACCCUGUGGACCUGGCCAAGCUGGGCCUGCGGCACAUAGAGCCCAGCCUCAGUGCCAAGGUCACCAUCUACCAGAUGCCUUUGUCCAAUGACCAGACAGGUACAGAGGAUCCCACACAGCCCCAUAUUGUAGGAAUCCAGAGUCUUGAUCAGAAGGUGGCCCUGGCUAACCACAAUCCAGCCCGGCCUAUCUUCGUCGAGGGCCCCUUCUCCUUGUGGCUGCGCAACAAGUGCAUCUACUACCACAUUCUAAGAGCAGACCUGCCAUCCCCUGAGGAGAGGGAAGUGGAGGAGAUCCCAGAGGAAUGGAACCUCUACUACCCAAUGAAGCUGGACCUGGAGUAUGGCAGGAGCAGCUGGGACGACUAUGAGUUUGAUAUCAACAAAGUGGAGGAAGGCCCUGUGUUCGCCAUGUGCAUGGCGGGUGCCCACGACCAGCCAACACUAGCAAAGUGGAUCCAGGGUCUGCAGGAAACGAACCCAGCCCUGGCCCAGAUUCCCGUGAUCUUCCGUCUGGCAGGGUCCUCAGGGGAGCUCCUGACAUCCUCAGGGCUGGAGGAGACACCUUUGCCCACAUCGGAGGGCCAGGAGGAAGAAGACAACCAUCUGCAGAAACAGCAGCAGGGCCAGAGUUGAGUCUGGGGAACACCAGGCUGUGGCGCCAGGAGGCUGUGGACUGGUGUGGACUGAGGAUGAACUUUUGAUUGUACAGCAAAUAAAAAAUGUACCUGCUCUGG